GAACGAACCGCAUUGACACCGCAAUUAGGACAGACGGAAAGCAGAAAGCAGCAGCAUGGCUGCCAGAGUUUUACAGAAAUUUAAACCAACGUUACCAGAAAAGUUUAAAGGAGGAAAAUUAGAGAAAAUUGGUAGCUUUAUUUAUAGCAUCAUCAAUGACUACAAAGUAGUUGCCCAGGAGACCAUUCAAGACUGUAAAGACCGCCCAGUGAAAGCAUCCCUCUAUAUAUCCCUACUGUCAUUUGUUGGAGUUCUCUACAAAACAAAUCCGACAGAGAGAGAUUUCCGGCAAGAGUUAAUAGAAGAUGGUCAAGAAAUGUUGUUAAUUGGUGAACCAAUCCGUAAUGUAAACACUGACAAAUACCUCUGUAGACUUUUGGAAGCCCAGCGAGAUGGGCGGUUAAAAUACCAAAGUCUCUUAUUAUUCUCUAUCAUUUAUUUUGACAAUCUGUCAAAAGAAUCAGACUUGUAUGAAGCUAGGUGUAAACUUAUUAAGCCGCACUGGAUGGAUUUUCACAAGAAUAUUGUAGAGGUUGGAAUAUUGGGUCGGUUCCUGAAUUUACGGAAGGCUAUGUUAGACUAUGAUGUGAAUCCAGAGGAAUGGGAUGCUCAGGGAAUGCCUGUAAAUCCACUGAAGCUAACAUCAUUGAUAUGAUAAUGUUAUUCUCAUUUGUGAUCAAUUUCUGUGCAUUCAUUUCUAAGGGCUGUCUUAGGAAAUUUGUAUCUAAAUAAUAAAACUUGUUUUUUAAA